UCGAAGCGUUAGGAUUACGUCAUCACGAUAAAAAAUGCAUUCGACCGACGUCACGAGAAGAGGCACGUGACGCAACCGUUAGGGACUGAAAUUUACGCGGGAAACGCGGGGUCGGGUAGCUGAGGGACGGAGACGCGGAGCGAGCGGCGGGCAGCGGGGGACGGCUGAGGGGGGCUGGGAGGGAGCGGCGAGCAGCCGGGAACGGGCUCCGUCUCUUCACCGGUCGUGGACAAAGCGAGUGUCUCUGUCUCCACUGCUGCUGUGUCCCCACACCACGGGUACAGGAGCGAGACUACGUUUCGGUCGACGCGUCUCCACUCCCAUUACUCCGUUAUAUUCUGUCUCUGCUACUGUAGUGCCGCGUCCCCCACUCCCUGUCUCCAAUACAGCGCUGCCUCGCGUCUUCGCUACAGCUCGCGGCGUCUCAGUGUAGAGACGAAUCGGCUCUGGCUGGAGUCUGAAGGAGUAUCGAGUCGGAGGCAUGGCGAUAGCAUUUGUGGAGGGAUGGGACCUGGUGCAGACACUCGGGGAAGGAGCUUAUGGAGAGGUGCGCCUGGCUGUGAAUCGCGCCACAGAGGAGGCGGUGGCGGUGAAGAUCGUGGAUGUCCGGCGUGUGGCGGCGUCCGCGGGGCCUGAGACGGUGCGCAAGGAGAUCUGCAUCAACCGCAUGCUGAGCCACGGCAAUGUGGUGCGCUUCUUUGGCACGCGGCGGGACGCCGACAUCCACUACAUUUUCCUCGAGUACUGCAGCGGCGGGGAGCUCUUUGAUCGCAUCGAACCGGACGUCGGCAUGCCGGAGUUCGAAGCUCAGAAAUUUUUCCAGCAGCUGAUAGCCGGCGUGGAAUACUUACACAGCCUGGGCAUCACUCACCGCGACAUCAAACCAGAGAAUCUGCUCCUUGAUGAAAAUGACACGCUGAAGAUCUCGGACUUUGGGCUGGCCACGGUGUUCCGGCACAGCGGGCGGGAGCGGCGCCUGAGCCGCACGUGCGGCACGCUGCCAUACGUGGCCCCCGAGCUGCUGCAGCCCGACCCGACAUUCCGCGCGGCGCCGGUCGACGUGUGGGCGUGCGGCGUGGUGCUCACCGCCAUGCUGGCUGGUGAGCUCCCGUGGGAUCAACCAGCGAUGUCGUGCAUGGAGUAUGUGGACUGGAGGCAGCGGAGGCUGCACGUGACUCCCUGGAGGAAGAUUGACUCCCUGCCCUUGGCUCUGCUCAGGAAGGUCCUGGAACCGGACGCAGAGAAGCGCGCAACAAUCCCGGAAAUCCGCCAAAACUCCUGGUUUAACCACACCCUCAAGCGAGGUGGUGUGCGGAGGGAAUUGGGGGAGUCUGGACUCAGCUCCAAGCGAAUCUGCUCUGGGAUCGACCUCUCUCCAGGAUCGCUCGCCAGCGAUGAGCAGGUGCGCUACUCCGUUUCUCAGCCCGAGCCGCGCCUCACCCAUCCGUCCCCCUCCCAGUCGACGGGCAGCUCCAUAAACGCCCUUCUCGGGGGCCUCAGCUUCUCCCAGCCGCUCCACCCUGAUCACAUGCUUCUGAGCAGCCAAUUGCAGUCCACGCCGGUAUCCUCGCAGAACCCCUGGCUAAGACUCGUGAAGCGCAUGACACGCUUCUUUGUGCGUGGUGCGGCCGAGGAGGUGCGAUCACGCCUGAGCGAGGUGUGCGAGGGCCACGGGCUCUCCUACCGCCAGACCUGCCCCACGCAGGUGACCCUGUCGACCCUCGACCGACGCAACAACAAACUAAUAUUCAAGGUUACCUUCCUGGAGAUGGAUGGACGGCUCCUGCUUGACUUCCGCCUAUCAAAGGGCGAUGGGCUGGAAUUCAAGAGGCACUUCCUGAAGCUGAAGGGUCACCUGUGCGACAUCGUGAGUAAGCCGACCUCCUCCCCAACCUCGCCGACUCCGACCUCGCCGACCCUGACCUCGCCAUGACCUCAUGUCGACCUCUGGGGUCAAGAGGUCACCUAGGGAUGCCCAGUUCCGCUCCCCUUCCCGUCGUCGCCUGAAGGCAAUGUUACGAACUCAGAUUUCUUAUCACUUGACUUUAGUUUACGUUUUGGAUUUCUCGAUUGACGAGACUUGUCAAAGCGACAACAAAUGUAGCAACUCUCUGGGAAGAGGACAUUGUGCAUAUGUAGGGACGAUUCCAAAAGUAUUAAGGAUCCUGUAGCAGUCUGCUGCGUGUGACACUUGGUAAAUGGCUUAGCGGUGACGUUGCGUAAUGACUUCAUAGAUUCCUAUCUUGCGAGAUUUACUGCAUAUUUUAGGUUCGUUUGGGUGACUUUCCGCCCGAAAGAGUUGGCGCGACCCUGACUUUUAAGGUCAGAUUUGAAAAAAAAAACGGAAGUGACGGUGGAGAUUCAAGCAGACGGUAGAGACGCGGGGCGGUGGCCAAAGGCGGCCAACGGCGGCCGGGCAGCAACUUUGAAGACCCUGUGAGUUGGGCAACUCGGUGGGGCAGUAGCAACGCUCACGCCUCACGGCACAAAGGGGCCUGGGUUCCAUUCCUGACUUGGGCACCUUUCUGUGUGGAGUUUGCAUCUCCGCCUGUUCUGACAUAGGUUUCCUCCCAUAGUUUCAAACAUAGCAUUGCCACUGGUGUUGGCCUGACGUGCUCGAUUGGAGCAGGAUCAUCCUGAAAAAGAGUGGUGAGACUCGACCGGUGUGGCUUACCCGGCGGAAUAAAUAAUAAACAUUUAACGUUCGCGUGCACCAAUGCCAAUGCUUUCUGUGAAUUAUAUGAGCAACUCGUCAGAGAUGUGCUUGCAUUCGAAAUUGACACAAGCAAGGGUUGUAAUGCUACUCGCAAAGUGAGAUUGCAAGGUGGGAAAAAGACCAGAUUGGGAACAGAGACUCAGUCCUCCCAGCAUGCCUCAUGUGACAUCGCCACACUGUGUGUGUAAUGCACUCAGCUUUGGGGUGCUGUGGGUGGCCAGAUGUUAACUACCUCGCCUGGUAUGCAGGAGGUUGUGGGUUUGAUUCCAACCCUGACAACUGUUAUAUAUUUGGAGUUUGCGUGUUCUCCCCGUGGUGGCAUGGAUUUUUCUCUGGGUUCUCCGGUUUUUCCUUCCACAGAAAAAUGCAUUUAUAGUAUUUGUCUACUAUAAAUUUUCACGUGAUAAGCCACUUCGUUGAGCCAUAAUUUCUAGCCAAGUUGCUUCUGAAAAAGAGCUACAUAGCUCAAUGGGCCUUACUUGUAAAGUAAAAAUAGUUACAAUUUAGUUUAGACAAACGAGAUUCAAUUUGUGGCUGUUUUUCUUUCUGAACAAGGCAGCAGGAGGCAAGAAUGGCUAUAUGAUACUGAUUAUUCAUAAUUAUAAAACCGGUGUAGUAAAUGAGAGUGAAUGCUUCUCUUGAAUUAAGCCGGGUUGUAAGUAUUUUGGUGGGGGGAGAAGAGACGAUGACGGGAGGAGGGGAUUUCAGAGUGGAGCCGCGUGAGGGAAGAACCGGAGAGAGAGAAGUGAGGUGACCCGCAGUGUGGCUCACCCCCCAAGUGCGGGUGAGAUGAAACCAGCUGGCAGACCGAGUCCUCACCCACGGUAGUAGCGAUGGAAGAGUGACAAGGAGGAAAUUCGCCGCAGGAGAGCGAGUGAUUGGAAUUAAUCUGUGAGCACUGGAUCAUCGGUCACACCGAUUGCUCUUUGCGUGUAAUUCUCCAGGAUGCAGUGAGGUAGGAACCGGGUGCUCCGCUCCAGACGUGGUGACGUAAUUCCAGAUUGGGCUCGCGUUGUGCUCCGUAGAGCAGGAAUAAUUAUUCAGAGUUAAAGAUGGCUAUGGUGAUGCCCAGGGCUUGUGUUUCUCAGAAUAUUUUUUCCCGACUGGAAUAGGGGCGUGAUUAGUGGACCAGAGCUAAAGCGAUGUGCUGUGCCGGAAGCUUUAAAAGUUUACGGGUCGAGCAACCCAGGCAGAACCAGGCUGAAAUUAAUCCCCUGAAGAUGCUGGUAAGGACUAAUGCUGUGGCUUCUGUGCAUAUUGUUAAUGUUACUCUGUUAAUGUUACUCUUUGACUUUGUCUACGUUUGUUUUUUAAUUGUUCUGAGCGGGCUCCCCUGCCUGUGAUCCCUUUCCCUCGGUUCCCCCCCACCGCAGGAGGGAGUGACUCUCUGAGUCAACGUUGCAAGAUUUUUCCCAGAGUAGAUUUGUUAAAUUUUGACUUUACUUUCUUGACUGCAGGAAUUAAUAUUCUUUGAUUCUUUCGGUAAAGUCACGUAGAUAGAAAAAAUAAAGUGAAUACAAUUUUUAUUCACUUUUUAUUAUUUAUUAUUAUUUCUAUCUACGCGACUUUACCGAAAGAACCAAAGAAUAGUAGAUUUGUUUUUUAAAACCCGUUCACGGAAUUCUCACUUUUCCGAGCCGCGUCACCAGCACGCGCGCAAAACUAUGCGAUAUAAAACGUUAUCAAGUUACGUGGCCUUGUAGUUUUGUGUUCACAUUUGUAACCUUUCCUAAUAAAGGUCAAAAACUGAA